GAAAGGAGGAUUUUAUUUAACCAAGAUGUGUAUGAAAUGGAUCUCAGUUCUUCUGCUGAUUCAACUGAGUUGUUGCUUCAACUGUGGAACUUGUGGGAAAGUGCUGGUGUGGCCAACAGAAUACAGCCAUUGGCUCAAUAUCAAGACAAUACUGGAUGAACUUAUUCAGAGGGGCCAUGAGGUGACUGUUCUAGUCUCGUCGUCUUCCAUUCUUAUUGAUUCCAACAAACCAUCUUCUAUCAAAUUUGAGGUUUAUCCUACAGCUCUUACUAAAGAUGAGAUGGAGCUUUUAUUCAUGACAUGGAUUAAGAAAUGGACAUAUGAGGCACCAAAAGAUUCAUUUUUUGCAUAUUUUUCAGUAAUACAAGAAUCUAUUUGGGGAUAUUCUGAUAUUAUUUUAAGGCUCUGUAAAGAUGUAGUUUUGAACAAGAAACUUAUGGUGAAACUACAAGAAUCAAAGUUUGAUGUCUUGUUUGCAGAUGCCGUCAGUCCUUGUGGUGAACUGCUAGCUGAGCUGCUUAAUAUACCCUUUUUGUACACUGUCCGGUUCACUACUGGCUAUUCAUAUGAGAAGUACAGUGGAGGACUCCUAACGCCUCCUUCUUACGUACCUGUUAUUUUGUCAGAAUUACAGGAUCGCAUGACGUUCAUGGAGAGGGUAAAAAAUAUGAUAUAUGUGCUUUACUUUGACUUUUGGUUCCAGCAAGUGAAUGAGAAAAAGUGGGAUCAAUUUUACAGUGAAGUACUAGGAAGACCAACUACGCUAUCUGAAACCAUGAGGAAAGCGGAAAUGUGGCUGAUUCGAACCUACUGGGAUUUUGAAUACCCUCGCCCUUUCUUGCCGCAUUUUGACUUUGUGGGAGGGCUGCACUGCAAACCUGCCCAGCCCUUGCCCAAGGAAAUGGAAGAGUUUGUCCAGAGCUCUGGAAAACAUGGUAUUGUGGUGUUCAGUCUUGGGUCAAUGAUCAAAAACAUCACAGAAGAAACGGCCCAUAUCAUUGCAUCAGCCCUUGCUCAGAUUCCACAAAAGGUGCUGUGGCGAUAUGAUGGCAAGAAACCAAGUGCCUUAGGAUCCAACACUCGGCUCUAUAAGUGGCUCCCUCAAAAUGACCUUCUUGGUCAUCCAAAAACCAAAGCUUUUAUAACACAUGGAGGAACCAAUGGGCUCUAUGAGGCUAUCUACCACGGGACCCCUAUGGUGGGCAUGCCCCUGUUUGCAGAUCAAGCUGAUAACAUUGCUCACAUGAAGGCCAAGGGGGCAGCAGUGAGUCUGGACAUAGACACAGUAACAAGUACAGAUUUGCUCAAUGCUUUAAAGACAGUCAUCAGUGACCCAUCCUACAAAGAGAAUGCUAUGAGGUUAUCAGCCAUUCAUCAUGAUCAGCCUGUUAAGCCUUUGGAUAGAGCUGUCUUCUGGAUUGAGUUUGUCAUGCGCCACAGAGGAGCCAAGCACCUUCGUCCAGCAUCCCUUGACCUCACUUGGUUCCAAUACCACUCUUUGGAUGUGAUUGGCUUUCUACUGGCCUGUGUGGCAAUCUUUACUUUCCUUGUUGUUAAAUGUUGCUUGUUUGGUUGUCAAAGGUUUUUUAAGUCAGGAAAGAAGAAAAAGAGUGAGUAGACCUCUUUGAGAAUUAAGACUAAGAGAUAUGCUAAACGAGGUCAUUGCAUUUAAUUCAACCACUAUGGCUCAAGAGAUAGGAAGAUUCUUCUCCAUAUUUUGCCACACCCACGCCAUCUCUGAUUUCCCUGGAUAUUUUACCUGGUAAAUUGUGAUAACAUUGCUUCAUCCACUCUUCUCUCAAGAAGAAUAAUCCUGUGUUGUGCUAGUUUUUAAAUCUUCUCCAAAAUCCUUUUGGAAAUGGGCAGCUCCAUGUGUCAGGUGAAUUAUAUCAAAUGUAUCUAAUGAUAUGGCUAACUUGGGAGCUCUUGGUGUAAAUAUGAGCGGUGUCCAUACGUCUUUUCCUUGUACUACUGGAACUUGGGAAAAUGACUUGCGGGCCAUUCAUGACUUCCUCCAGCCUCAAGAGGGCCUGGGAUGAUUCCCAUGAGGCUGAGGGCAGCUCGGCUUCCACCCUCCAACCAUAUUUACCCUGUGUGGACACCAACCAUCUCUUGUGGCACACGACCCCUCUGCUGGGUUAGGAAACCUGUGCCAUGGAGGCAAAGAACUCGCAGAAAGAUCAGAAAACAGUAGAGACAGUUCUUUUGUCCCCAGGGCCGCUUUUCAACCAUACUGGCAGGCACGUGCUCAGUCUCACAACGAUGUGGCCUCUUGGUCUCAGUCCUGUUUGAGUAAGUGCUAUCAAAUGCCGUUAGUGUGCCAACGACUAAAGAGACUCCACUUUCUCAUUCUCUAGGCUGGGAAUCCUGCCUGUCUAUGGUCUCUGCUGCUGUAACCCCUUUUUCAUGGUCUCUGCUGCUGCCUCUGUUGCUCCCCACCCUGCAGAGGUCCUCGAUGUACUCCUCUCCAGGCCUUCCUUCCACUUGUCAUGAGACUCUCUGUCCCUGCUUCUGAGAUGGUUCAAUUUAUGCACAGUGGAAUGACAGAAAUUAACUCAUCCCCUCAUUAGAGCCUUCUAUACCUUAUCUGCAUUUUCCCACACAGUCAUUUGGUGGAAAUUAUAAAAACUAUGCAUAGAAGUGCCAUAACAAGUACUUUCAACACAGGGUUCCGAAAGAAAUGAAAACUCAUGAUGGUAAUCAUGAUUCACAGUCUCCAUCUCAAAAGGUCUCAAGGUUAGGUGGGUGGAGGGCAAAAUUAUUAGUAGUCAGGCUAGAGGUACCCAGAUAUUAACCAAUCUCAGUACAUGGGGCGGGGGUUGGGGGUGAGGAUUGUGAAGGUAGGGCUCAAUCAUAUUAAGAUUGGCCAAUGACUAAUCUUCUGUAUUUUUCCCUCCUCUUUCCUUUAUAAACAAUUAAAAUGGUCUCCCUACAUGCAUAUAAAGUAACUACUCUGAAAAAACCUUUUGUUAAAUUUUUGAAAAAAGAAACGUACUAUUCUAAUUUUGUAAAUCUUGAAAUAAAUCUCUUUUGAUGAUAA